AUGCCGGCUACCACUUCUGGCGCUGAUACAAAGGCCAACGGAACCGCAAAAUCGCGGGAACAUAACCAAGGGAAUCAAGACCGCAAAUAUACGACCGAGCAAAAGGCUGCGGUCAUAAGGGUCAGAAGAUGUGCGCCCACGGCAUUUUACGAUAUUUUGGGGCUAGAAGAAGUUAAAACUACAGUGACGGAGUCGGAGAUUAAAAAGGCCUACAGGAAACUGAGUUUGUUGACUCAUCCGGAUAAGAAUGGGCACGAACAUGCAGAUGAAGCUUUCAAAAUGGUCAGUAGGGCAUUUGGGGUUUUGAGUGAUAAGGACAAGAAAACGCAAUACGAUAGAUAUGGCGGGGAUCCAGAUAGUAGAUUCGGUGCAGGAGCACCGCAGUCAAAUCCCUUCUCAGGAUUUUCGCAGAGAAGCGCUGGAGGAGGGGCUGCCGCGAGACCUGGUGGGAGAUCUAUGUGGGAAGAGGAGAUUAGCCCGGAAGAGAUGUUCACGAGAUUUUUUGGAGGAGGAGGUUUUGGUGGUGGUGGAAUGUUCAAUGAUCGGCCAGGAUUCGUUUUCAAUCUGGGUGGUGGGCCUGGUAUUAGAGUACAUCAAUUUGGGGGUGGAAGACCAAGGAGGAGGCCGAGAGACCCAAACGCACCGCCAGAAGCACCAGCUUCGUUGACUCAGACCCUUAUAAACAUAUUACCACUCAUCCUUCUCUUCGGUAUACCUUUAUUGUCGUCACUAUUUUCUGGAGGUGGUUCUAGUGGUCCUUCUAUGCGAUUCGAUAAUCCUAUACCGCCGCAUACCCACCAUCGAGUCAGCUCAAGAAUGAACGUUGACUACUAUGUAAACCCUGCCGAGAUCAAGGGUUUUAGUGCACACCAAUUUGCACAAAUCGACCGAGAAGCGGAGGUUCAAUAUGUCUCACGAUUGAAGGUUGGCUGCGAACAGGAAGUAGAGCGACGAAGUCAAUUACUCCAGGAAGCCCAAGGCUGGUUUAGUAGCGAUAUGGAUAAAAUUCAACGGGCUAGAGACAUGCCGAUGUCGAGCUGCAAGAAGCUGGAAAGUAUGGGUGUCAGAAAUUAA